CUCUCGGCAUCUGGCCUCUCGACUUUGUCCAUUCGCAGUUCGCCGAUCUGAUUCUGGCUCGCAACAUACCCAGCUCUCGGCUCACCACCCAGCCGCCCACAACUUUCCCAAGCGUCCCCUGCUCAACUCGCUUCGCGCCAUCGGAUAUGUGGCUACUUGUCGUAUUGGUGCUUUGCUCCUGGAGCUGCAGUGCCCUUGCUCAGAGUGUGCUCACCCUCACUGCAUCCAACAGCGGCAGCGGCUGGCAAAUCGGGUCGCUGCAGACCCUUGUGCUGCAGGUUGCCGAUUUCGACCCCAGCCACAACAUGAGCACCACCUUCAAUCUCCAGAACCCCCAGUCGGGCCAGGUCAUCAUUCUGUGCGACUCGAUCCCGUUGGCUGUCCCUGCAUCAUGCACCACGGCACCGUGCUCCUCCUCGUGUGCAUGCUCGGCCUCCCUCAGCAGCAGCGGCCUGGCUCCGGGCAACUGGACUGCCAUCGCCGCCUCCAAGGAAUGCAACCCACAACUGGCCAGCUGCUCCUACUCCAACUCUCUUGUCAGCAUCGUGCUCACCACCGCCGGUCCAGUCCCGGUCCCGGCACCUCCGGCAACAGCGCCCAUUCCCGCAACAACCGUACAUGGCCCCGGCCCGACGCAGGAGCCUGCUCAAUCGCCAUCGUCUUUGCCGUCACCGCUGGCUCCGGCUUCGGGAUCCUCCUUCGACGGCACCAAGAUCGGACUCAUAGUCGGCGCAUGUCUGCUCGCCAGCGGCGGCGGCGCUGCUCUCCUCCUUCGCAAAACGCAUCUUGGCUGGCAGGGCCGAGCCCACCAGCGCAUGAGCAAAGACUCGACCCGGGAUCUCAACCAACCCGAUCGCUCGGCGGACCCGUACAGCGCCGGCACCCGUCGGCUCAUUGACGGCCGUGCCGAGAGCUUUAGUUCCCACAUCAGUCCCAGCCUCCACGAAGCCACCCUGCAUGACAUGCCAGAGCUCCCGCCGCACCUCCGGCCCCCACAGCAGCCACCGUUUCCGCAGGCCAAAGAUUCCUUCAUCCCUCCUCCACGGCCAAUGGAUAUCGAGCUCGUGUCAUUCCCCACACCACCAACCCGAUCGGUGCCGCCGCAGACGCAGCUGGAUCCGCCGGUCGAUGCUGAGCUUCAGGCGCUGCCGCCUCAUCACCAGCGCCUCUCGGGUCUGCCGGGUCUGGCUCAUCCUCCAUCUGCCGUUCACAGCGGCUCCAAGCGGGUACGAUCGGCACUGCAACGGGCAUCCACCGCACCGCGGUCAAGCGCUGUCGUCGAGAUGGUUCGGGUGUCGUCGACGCUGACCCCAGUCGAGCUCCUGGAUAAGGUCGAGUCCAAGGUCGAGGCCGUCGAAGCGACCGCAGCCCUCUCCCCGAUUACACCGAUCUACCGCCGCAGCACCGCUCCUGUCUCGCACCAGUCCCUCGACAAAGUCAUGUCCGAGCUGCUGGUCGAGUCCAAUGCGCCGGGUGACGAGCCCACUGUGCGCCCGGGCAACAAUGCAUAUGUCAAUCGGCCCAUGAACGUUGCCCAGCCCGAGGAUGCCGUCUUUACCGCAAAGCCAUACGCCUCAAAGCCGCGCAAGCCCAAGCCUGCGCUCCCGCGGAUCAUCACCGAUCCGCGGCUCAUGGAAAUGGGACGGAUUGCGCAUUUUCGAGAGGCAACACUGCGCGAGUUUACCGACGGGCGUAUCUAGAUCGGGAGCUCCGAUUUCCACCUUGCAACAGCCAUCGAAAUGAAGGCCUUGCACCAACCCCCCCCCUUUGCCUGGACUGAUGCGCCAGUCCCUCCCUGUUGCUUGAUGUGAUAACCGUGCAAAAGUAGGCUCUCUGCGGCCG